CGACACUCUGGCAAAGGUGGUCAACAGUCAUGGCGGCCGAGUCCUGUCAUUUCCUUGCCGUGUGUCACGUUUUUCAGGCCGGCGGCAUUCUUGGGUGGCCGACAGCCUCUCCAAAUCCAUGACUGAAGUAGAAGGUUCUCCAGGUUAUAAGUUGAUGUCUCUACAGUGUUUCUUCAGGUCAUCUACUUCAAGGGAGAAUGAAACCAAUUCUUCCCAAAUGCUCUGGUGCAUCACAAAUGCAGGGCAUAUAUACCUCCCCGCGGACAACCAUCAUCCUUGCUCAUCCAGCAGCAGCAGCCCCAGCUGUGCCCUUGGGAACCCCCCUCUCCAGCUCACUCAUCUUGCCUGCCCCACCCACCUUCAGCAUUACUCUGGCUGCUCAUCAAGCUCCUCAACCAACCCCUGUCAUCCUACCAUUAACCAAAACCACUGCAUCAUCUAGCAGUGGUCAGAUUCAGUGUGCACUGAUAGCACCCAAAAACUCUCUUCCGAUAGUGGGCCUGAAGGACCAGCAGUCAUCUUCAGUAUCCAUUAAAGGGAAUGGUUUCAAAAGGGAUUCCUGUCAAAGAACUAAAGGGAAAGGAGAUGGUAGACUUAAACAGAAAAAUUCAAAUUUUGAAACCCCCAUCUUGCCCAAGAGGCCUCAGUCAGAGCCAAAGACUGUGAUAUUUCUGCCCUCUGCUCCUGACAGGAAGACAUCAGAGCUGGCUCCCCCAGUUCUAGUCCCGGGGUGUUCUCUUGUAAUCACUGGCGAUGCAUACCCCCAGACAACUAUAAGAGGAAAAAGCAUAUCUAGAAAUGUGAAGAGUGUAAGUGAAGAAGAAAAGUUUAAUGAAGUUAAUGAUAUGCAUCAAGAAAAAAGUUUGCAAGUCAAACAUAAACCCCCAAAAAGAUAUAGAAACAAAACAAAAACUUCUUGGUUAAAGUUACUGAAAAAGAAAAAUGUAGAUGGCCAGAGCAGUGAAUCAAGUGCAACUAGUAACUUCAUGUCAUCAUAUGCUGAUGCAAAAAGUGUGAGAGAAGAUUCAUCUUUUUUAGCAAGAGAAAGUGUCGGUUCUACAUAUAUAUCAGAGGCGCUCAGUUUGCGCCAAUCAGGCCAUGUACCUGGUCAGCAAGAUGUUCCGCACCAUCCCCCACCACCUUAUCCACAAAAUUCAGGGGCCAAAAGAGUUGAUUCCAUUGCAGAACAAACCAAGACUAAGAAAGGAAUUCAGGCCAGAAAGGCUCAGAAUGAUACUCCAGAUCCAUCAACAUGUGGACUUAGACUACUUCACAUUAAGAGAAAAAAAUGUGAAGGGAAGAACAAAAGGCAUUGUGUUGCUGAAGAAUUUUCUCAUGAAACAAACAAUUUAUCAACACCUAAAAUUAGAUCAGAUUCUUCCAGUAAUAGUAAUAGUAGUAGUUUGAGUAAUAAUCACAUGCCUUUGUAUUCAUCUUCAGCUACAAGCAUUCAGCCAUUUCCAGCAACCAGUUCUACAUCAAGUCUUUCACAAACAGUAGGAAAGAUUUCUUUAUCUAAUACAGCUGAAACCUCAUCUUGCCCUUCACCUGGUGUACAGUCUCAUCCUCCACACAGCAAGAACAGAAACAGUACACCAUCUGUUUAUGAAUCACACACAAAUCAUAAAGGCCCACCUCAUGAUGGCCAUUAUUCUUUUUCCACAUCAUCUUCCACCACUCUUGAGGCCCAGGCUUCACACACCACACCUGUAAAGUCUUCCCCAAAGAAGUCUUGUGAAUAUUCUUACCUUUUACAACCCAAUUCUCCUGGUAUUUGUGUAUCUGUAGUUCCUCCAAUAUCCUCACAGUCUUCUGGAUCGUCUUCCACACAGUCUGUCCCCCACACUUCAUACUGCUCACAAACACCUGUUGUUACUAAUCCCUCACAGUCCUCUAUUUGUUCAUUGCCAUCUCUGUAUUCAGAUGCACAUGAUGCCAGUUCCUCAGCUCUGCCCUCCAGUGGUGGUUUAUCUUGUGAACCCAAAUCAGGAGUUGGAACUGUGUUACCACCAGCUAGUCUCCAUUUUAGUCAAAGCACACAACACUCACAGGCUUCCUUUUCUCCUCACUUAGAUAUUGGUGACCAAACUCAAGGCUCAACCUUUUACAGUCAGUCUCAGCAGUGUACUUCAAUUUUACCUUCAGUGUUACAUAGUCAUCCCCCAAACACAUCAACAGAAACUAAUUUUACCAGUUCAUCCCCAUUUUUAUCAUGCAUGUCCUCUCGCAAUCAGACUUUAGAGCAAAAAGUUUCUUCACAUUCAGAUUCUCCCCAGCAAAAUGCCUAUCCUCUGCAACCUACAUCUUACAUGGAGUCCCCUCAGCUGAUUUCAUUUAAGCCCCCUCAGGCAGCAUUAAUGAAUUCCCCACAGCCACCAUCAUACACACAGUCUUCAAGGUCAUCAGUUUACUCACGGCCAGCAGAGGCAGCUUUAAAUGCUAUAUCUUACCACUUGAGUUCUUGUGUUCAUCCGACUCCUUCAGCAGUACGAAGUCAAUGUAUUCAUCCCCAGUACAUAAAGAACCCACAUUCAAAUCAGAGUCCCACCUCAGAGCAACAUGCAUCUUACCUUCAGCCAACACAAUCUCUUUCCCUAAGUAAUGUGGGUGAGCAUAAAGUUGAGCCUGACCACAAUUCCCAAGGGGUGUCUUUUUCCUCAGCCUACACUUCCUCUUUCCAUCCUUCACCACAAGGACAACACCAAACACAACCCCCUCAGAUCCCCUCUGUGUCAGUGGAGAAUGUGUCAGCAAUAGCAAUGUGUAAAGAUAAUUCACAAUCACCUAUUCCUCCUCCAUAUGCUAUUUCUGGCAUUGUACCAUCAUCUUCUCAGUAUUAUUCAGACUCUCCUACUGUGUCUUACACAUCUGAGAGAGCCAGUACUGCUUAUGAUUCACAUUACUCCAGCCAAGGAAAAUUAAGACCAUCAUCAUCAUCGUCCUCAUCACUAGGUGUCAGUUCAUCCCACAUUAUUUUUGAAAGAUCACUGAGUCCUCCAUCUUACGAAGCACAUCUUAAGAACUCUGCCUCAUACAUUGCUUCAAGUGGUAGCACACAAAUAUCUCAAGAUAAUUUACAGCAUAGAUGUCACCACACAUCCCCAACAAAUUAUUACUCAUUUUCUUCUCAGAUUGUACAUGGUCAAAGAACCCAGUCCUUACAUGAAGAUGCCAAAAAAAGUAUAAACUCCAACUGUUCAUCUUCCUCUCCUCUCCUUUCCUUGCCUCCACCUCCUAGAUACAACUAUAGCCAAGAGCUAACUCCUGAAGAUCACCACAUAGAUAAUUCACUCAUAGCAGACAUUGCCCAAGGGACUUACAAUUAUGACAUUGAAGAAUCAUCAGAGUCUUAUUUUCCUGCCACUACUACAGAUACACCACUCCCUCUCCUAUCUGAAAAUCAAGCUCAGCCAUCAAGCAGUACAGAGUACAGGCCCAGCAACAGUCACAUCAACAUCCACGUUGCUCCUCAAGAUGUGCAAGACAGUAAUGGCGUCCAAGCAAGACAGCAGAGCUCUCAAAGCCGAAUACUCAUAUAUCCAUUAGGGAGAGAAGAAGCACCAUGCAAGAAUAGUGAUCAAGAUGAUUUAGUCUUCUCUAACUGGAGUAGUUUAACCCAAAGCACAGAACACGGUGAUAAUCUACGAGUAGAGAAACUAUGGUUCAUACCUCAUCAGGAGCAGAACCAUGUAUACAUGAAGGAGUCAGCCAAAUAUUCAUCAAAUGAUCAAGGUCUACAAUCAACAAAGGAUUUAAUGUUAAAGAAGUUUUGGAUCGAAGAGGAUGAGCCAAUUGCAGAAGAAAUAAUUUCAUCACUGCCAUGUAGUAGGCCCCAGCAGCAGGAACAAAUGGUGAAAGACCUGGAGGAAAAAGCCACCCUCCCUCAGUGCCCAUCUCCUCAGUACCCUAUGUCCAAAAAAAAUAAAACAAGACAAAUGCUUUGCCAGAUUUGUGGGAAGAUGUUGAAGGGCCACAAGAGCCUGAGAUCUCACCUGAACAGUCACUACAACAUUCAGCCUCACUCCUGCCCCACCUGCGCCAAGAAGUUCACCACCCGCAGUGUCCUGGUGGAGCACCUUCGAAUACACUCUGGAGAAACACCUUACCUGUGCAGUUUUUGUAGUGCAGCCUUCAGAACACGGUCUGGCCUCUUGAAACAUAGAAGUAUGCACACCAGUGCCCGUCCAUUUGAGUGUUCCAUGUGUUCAAAGAAAUUUAAAACAAAAUUGGUGCUACAGCAGCAUAUGAAGCUUCAUCUUACUGGUAUAUUUACAUGUUCUGACUGUGGAAAAACCUUUGAGAGGCACAGGUCCUUGGCUGUCCACAAAGCCUUCCAUCAUCACAAGUCUCAGAGGUUCAAGUGUCCUCACUGUCCCAAAGUUUACCACUUUCAAAGCUUGCUCAACCAACAUAUGCAGCUGCAUUCCAGUGUUCAGAAACAUAUCUGCACUGUGUGUGAUAGGUCCUUUGUGUGGCGGAGCGGUUUGGUUGCUCACAUGAAAACCCAUUCAACUUCCCGUCCCAAGUGUAAUAUUUGUGAUAUGUGCUUUGCUUCAGAAAAAAGGCUCAAGUCCCAUUACCAACGCCAUACUAACCAAAAACCUCACCAAUGUAAAGUUUGUGGCAGAAAUUUUCCAUAUGCCUAUCGUUUGGCUUCACAUUCUCUAAUACAUGAAGAGCACAAGGAGUAUAGAUGCAAAACAUGUGAUAUAGUAUUUACUAAUGCAAAAAAGUUUAGAAAACACUUAGUGACUCAUAAAAAAGAGCAAAAAAAUUGUGCAGUGUCUGGAACCAUUGAAGGUCAUAAAUCUGUAUUAUGAUGCAAUUUAGUAAAUCCACCACCUUAUAUACCUGCAUGUAAAAUUGUUGCCUGUGCUACUGUGGCUGACGAAGUUGACCAUGUGUACGAAAUUAAGAGAGGUGCUCCAAUACUCCUGAGUAAAGGGAUUGUAGAUUUCAACAAUGGGAGGAAGGGAACAUUCUGACACUCUUGAUUGUCCAUUGGGUCUCAGUUCAUGUAAAGAGGAGGCCUAUACUACACAGAACUACAAAAUCUUGGCUGUGAUUAGAGAUAUUGCACAUUUACUGAGUUUACCAAGUGCUUUCUUUGCAUAUGUGUAGUGAUGAUGAAUUAUUUGUGAAAAGCAGUGAAAGGGUACAUUUGUAAGUUAACCUGUAUCUGCAUCAACCCAUUUGUAUCCAACUCAAUAAUUUUUGUUCAUGUGUGAAUUCAUUAGAUUAAACUCACCAGAUGUAACGAAUGAAUACUCAGUCAAAGUAUCAAGCUGAACAUCAAAAGAACUGAUGCAGUUGCAGCAAAGCUAACAAAAACACCCUCCCACAGGCAGGCAGGCAGAGGACCAGGUGGAGAGAUGAAAUAGGAGCAUUUGCAGGAACUGGAUUGAGUAUAAAUAUCAUAUAAGAGAUGGAGAAUGUUGGGAGAGGCCUUGGUCCUGUAGUAGAAUAUACACCUGCCCCGCUGUAUUUGUGAGUUCACUACUUGCAGAUUUGCAGUCACAAAUUUCUUCCAAAAUACACAAAGGUGGCCACAAAGGAAUAUUCAAGGUGCCAUUCCAUACAUCAUGGUCCACCCAUUGACAAUUUGUCUAUUCCCAAGGAAAGGACAAUGUCUACAUGCCUAAAGCAGCAUGAAAUACCAUAAGUUGCAUUAUUCAUCAGCUAUACAUACUAUAAACUACUAUAAUUUAUGUAUAUUUCUUGUCCAUAAAAUUUCACUCAAUUAUUGGGUACUCAACAUGAAGUCCCUGCCAUUUUCUUUUUCUACAGGUGCUUAAGCAUAUACCAUGCAAAUAAUUUACUAAUGAAUACUUCCCUCCAUAGGAAUCUGGUAUUAAAAAUAUGGAAUGGGUUAUAAAAACUGGAUCAAAACUACAAGCAGCAGUUCAGCUGAUAGACAUAAUAAACAAGCAUGCAUGUUGGUGGUAGGGUUGGGCAGGUACCUCUAUUCUACUGGUAUUAACAGUACUGGCUCUUUGACACAGUAAUGGUACCAGUACUGGUGGGCACCACCAGUGCAAUAUUCAGUAUUCUUGAUUCUGACAAUUCAUCAUAUGCACAUUCAUAAUUAUUUGUGUGAGUAUGAUGACGUCAGUAUCAAGAAUACUGAAAGCUGCAUUGGUAGUACCCACCAGUUUUGGUACUGCGCAGUUAAGCACCUAAAGUUGAAGAAAAUGGCAGAGACUUCUUGGUGAGAACCCAACAUUUAAGAGACCUUAAAGACUAUAUAUUCG